UUGCGCCCGCCUGCGUCCACCACCACUCGCUGCCACAGGCCGCCCGAGGACUCAGCGCAGCAGGGCCGACCGAACACACCAUGGGAGCGCCGUCCGCGGAGCUCGAGUGCCCGCGGGCGCUACCACCAAUGGACAGGCAGAGCCCGACGCAAGAAACAAGGCGAGCCGCGUGAGGCUAAAUGCGCCGCCCCGGGGGAGGGAGGGAGGAAGAGGAGGGAGGAAAAGGGAGGAGGGUGAUGAGGAGGGGGACAUUGCCAGCGAAAGCAGGGCACCAACUCCUGCGCCCGCACGCCCGCGCCCGCGGCGCCGCCAAGGAGGGCGCCGCAGGAGCGACUACGCCAGAGGCCGCCAGCCUCGAGAAACGCUCGGGCUGGCGUGCGUUCUCGGGGCAGGACAGAGCCAGGACGGAGGCUAACGGGGGAUAUGUCGGCCACUAUCCCAGGCCAUCUCACAGCGUGGGCGUCAACCAUCCAGGCUGGGUGCCCUGCCCCCCGGAUGCAAGGGAGGCCCUGUACAGUAGCAGAUCGCAUGCAAGGCGCACCCGACGCGCGCGGUACUACAAUGGCUGAACGGAACUACACCUACGAAUAAAAAGCAUUCGCGACCCACUGAGGUUGUCAGCCUGCGGCGUGGAAUAUGUGCGCCUAUAGAACACCAAACACGAUAAUGAGCGACUGGUGACAAACGUCCAAAAACUAUCUGUUGAUAAAGUCUAGUGCGUGCGUGGAUGCUGGCACACUGCGAUCAACAUACUUUUUCGCUCCAUGCAGCGGACUUCCACAUAAUAGCGGUAAGACUAAUAAUUUAAUUUCGGUACUUUUCUGGUGCUCGUAAUUCUGGCGAUCAAGGCUAAAGUAGGUUGGAACACCAUAACCUGAACACCCAAACCUGUUGCGUUUGGCACCAGCCGUCGCAGCGCGCUCCUAUCUCCCCUUCCCUGUGGGCAUCAGUGGGGCCACCGGAGCGGAACUGCUGCUGGUGCCGCCCUUUCGCUCGUAGAGCGCCCGCACCCCCAGGAAGCACACGGCGGCCCCCACGAGUUGGCCGGCGUGCAGCGGGUUCCCGAGGACGGCCACGGAUGCGACGAUGCCGAGGCAGCUCUUGACGACGCCCAAUACCUGCACCUGCAACGUCACUGCGCUUGUGUAGCGCGUCAUGAAGAAGCCCGUGACGUUCAGCAGGCACGCGUUCACACCUCGGACAGGAGCAGCACGGCCACCAGCCUGGGCCACCCCGCGCCGCCACCUGCCUUCGGCGCCGGCAGCGCCGCCACCGCCAGCCGAGGGUGUCCCCGGCCCACCACUCCAGGCCGCCCUGCCAAAGCAGCCUGAAUGGCAGAACACCCUCCGUCGCUAGGGUCAGGCCACGCGGUGGCGGAAUCGCGCGCCAGCGCGACCGGAUAGUACAGCAGAGUCACGGGGUCGACGCGCUCCUUCUUGCAAAGCAGGCUGGCCUGCACGAUGCUCUUCGCGGCCCUCGCCACCAUGGCAACAACCGCGAACGCCAGCCCCAGAAAGCUAAAGUUCGCCUCCUUCUGCGAACAGAUGAGGAUGCCACCAAAAAUCAGCGGCAUCGAUGCCCAAGUCCACCCAUUGUACCUUUUGUCCGUGAAUCCACAGACAUGAGGACCGUGACAAAAGGAGUCCCGCCGCCCACCAUGGACUUGUACGACGGAUACAGAUCCGUACCUGGAUAAUUCAGGGAGACGUUCCCGAGGCCCACGGCGAUCGCAAAGCACAGGGCCAGGGGCACGACCUUCUGCACUCGUGCCGGCCAGUCGAGCUCUGGCCCAUUUGCGGACCCCCUGAUGACGAACACAUGGAUGUAAGUAAAAACCUGCGUCGUCAUCAAGUGAAUGCAAGUCAUCGCUAAUGGGAACUUGAAAUUAUGGCAUCCAUACUCUCUCAAGCACACCUGCUCGUUCAGAAACAGCGACUUUGUGACGAUGCCGAUUGAGAUGUUGAGCAGGAACCAAAAUCGCCACGAAGAUCAGCCGCCAGGACCGCCCAUCCUCUUGCACAACCGCGCCUCCGUGCGGCUUGCGCACCACGGUGCUCAUCCCCCGGCCCGGGGGGGGCGCGACCGUGCCCGGAAUGAUCUGGAUGACU